CGGCGCGUGCGCAACAGAGUCUUAGAGGAGCAGUUAGCCAGCAGAAAGCAGCGAACACCACAAACAGGCAGCCACAACAUGAAGUGCUUUUUUAUCCUGAUAGCGACCAGCCUUGUGCUGAGUGCCUGGGCCCAGGAUGCGGCCGAGUCUGACCUGGAGCAGGUGGCAUCAGCAUCGGCUCCGGAGGCUGUGGCUGUGGAGGAUCAGGUGAGCGCCGCCAGCAGCUAUGCACCGCUGCAGGACAAGAAGCAGGAGAAGCGCUAUGUUGGUGGAUAUGGUGGAUACGGAGCAGGUUAUGGCGGAUACGGAGGCUACGGCGCAGGAUACGGUGGCUAUGGAGGUUAUGGCUCUGGCUUGGGAGCUGGAUACGGCGGAGCCUACGGCAGUGGCGUUGGCGUUGGUGUGGACAGCUACUAUAACCCGUACAGCUCGAGAUCUCUGGGUGGAUUAGAUGGCGCUGCUGUGGCCGGAUAUGGAGGAUAUGGAUCCGCUCUUGGUGGCUAUGGAUCUGGCCUGGGCGGCUAUGGCUCUGCCCUGGGUGGCUAUGGAUCGGGACUGGGAGGCUAUGCAGGUUCCUACAACUCGAAUCCCUAUGCACUGUCCUACUACAACAGUAGGCUGGGAGCAGGAGCCGGCACUGGUUAUCCGUACUACAACACCCGGUUCGGUGCCGGAGGAUACCCCUCCAGCUAUUACACGAGCAACUAUGGCAACAGUGUCGUCGGCGGUGGGCUGGGCGCCUUGGGCGGUGUACCGCCCAUCGGUACGGGCUAUAACUAUGGCUCUGGCAUCUCGGGCACCGUCUACUAGAUGAAGCCGGAGGUGGCCAGCCUAACCCAACGUUCAAGAUCUAAGCUAGUGGAAUUUAUUUUUUUUCUUCGAUAUUUUUUUCUAACUUUAUUUUUAUUAAAAGAUGCUAAAAAAAAUAACAUUUUAAGUCAUAUUUAAGUAGGACGGAUUUAAU